GAGGGGGCGGGGGCGCAGGAGGUGGGGCCGCCGUCGCCGUCAGGGCCCCAGGGAGCGCGGGGCGCCGCUGCUGCUGCUCUUCGGCUCGGUUCUGUCCACUGGGCAGCGCCAGGGCCAGCGGCUGCGGCGGCAGAGAAGCAGGAGCCGGGAGCCGCGCUCCGCCGAGAGUUGGGCAGAGGAGCGCCCGCGUCCCCACGGCGUCAUGGGCCCCCUCCCCAGGCCUCAGCGGGCACCAGCCGCGGGAACCCCCGGGCCUCCUCGCGCCCUAGCCUGAGCGACCCCCGGGUUCUCCGGCGCUCCCUCCCUUGCCCUGUUUUUUCCCUGCUCUCGCUGCCGCUACCGCUUCUGCUCUCCGUUAUGGCAACAGAGCCACCAUCCCCCCUCCGGGUCGAGGCGCCGGGUCCCCCAGAAAUGCGGACCCCACCGGCGAUCGAGUCCACCCCUGAGGGCACACCGCAGUCGGCGGGCGGCAGACUCCGCUUCCUCAACGGCUGCGUACCCCUCUCGCAUCAGGUGGCCGGGCACAUGUACGGGAAGGACAAAGUGGGUAUACUACAACAUCCAGAUGGCACAGUUUUGAAACAGUUACAACCACCUCCAAGGGGCCCAAGAGAGCUGGAAUUCUAUAAUAUGGUAAGUGAGGUUUAUGCUGCUGACUGUUUUGAUGGUGUUCUUCUAGAGCUACGAAAAUAUUUGCCAAAAUAUUAUGGCAUCUGGUCACCUCCCACUGCACCAAACGAUUUAUACCUAAAACUGGAAGAUGUGACCCAUAAAUUUAAUAAGCCCUGUAUAAUGGAUGUAAAGAUAGGGCAAAAAAGCUAUGAUCCUUUUGCCUCAUCUGAGAAGAUUCAGCAACAGGUCAGCAAGUACCCAUUAAUGGAAGAGAUUGGGUUCUUGGUGCUUGGCAUGAGGGUUUAUCAUGUUCAUUCCGAUAGCUAUGAGACACAAAAUCAGCAUUAUGGAAGAAGCUUAACAAAAGAAACUAUAAAGGAUGGAGUCUCCAGAUUUUUUCAUAAUGGAUAUUGCUUAAGAAAAGAUGCUGUUGCUGCCAGUAUUCAGAAGAUUGAGAAAAUUCUGCAGUGGUUUGAAAACCAGAAGCAGCUUAACUUUUACGCAAGUUCAUUACUAUUUGUUUAUGAAGGUUCAUCUCAGCCAACCACUACAAAAUUGAAUGACAGAACUUUGGCAGAAAAGUUUUUGUCCAAAGGACAACUGUCAGACACAGAAGUACUAGAGUACAAUAAUAACUUUCAUGUGUUAAGUUCCACAGGUAAUAGAAAAAUAGAGGCUUCAGUGGGCAAAAGCUUGUCCAAAAUGUAUGCUCGUCACAGGAAAAUGUAUACAAAAAAGCAUCACAGUCAGACUUCAUUGAAAGUUGAAAAUCUGGAGCAAGACAAUGGAUGGAAAAGCAUGUCACAGGAACAUUUAAAUGGAAAUGUACUUUCCCAACUGGAAAAAGUUUUCUACCAUCUUCCCACUGGUUGCCAAGAGAUCGCUGAAGUAGAAGUACGAAUGAUAGAUUUUGCUCAUGUGUUCCCUAGCAACACAAUAGAUGAGGGAUAUGUUUAUGGGCUAAAGCAUUUAAUUUCUGUACUUCGAAGUAUUUUAGACAAUUGAAUUCUCUGUUACAGUCUUUUUAAAGGAUGGGCCAAUCAUAAUGAAGAGGAGCAGUCAGUAUCUCUGCACCUGUAAUGCUGUGUAAAAAAUUUGUAUUGUGAGUCGACAUUUUAUUUGUCUUUAUAGUUUUGGAAGAAAGGUUAACUUUUUUAUAAUCUUACUCAGGAAAACUAAUUAUUUGUUCAUUAGAAAACUAUGAAGAAUAAAGAAACUUAGGAAUGUUAAGCAGGGAAUGUGGUGGUACGUGGCUUAAACAUCUUUUUUGGCUCAAGCAAAAUGCACACCAUUAUUCAGUCAUUAAGAGUUUAGUUAGCUUUCUGUAGCCAGUUCAUGAAAUCUCUGUCCACCCAGCCUUGACAAUGAGCCAUAUCUAAAAUAUUACGUUAUUAGAACACCUAUCAAAAUCUCAAAAGCACAGGUUGAUGUCCUUAGUAUUGCUAUGUAUGAAGUUAUUAAAACUGGAGAAAAUUCUACUUCAGAAAUAAGUACUGUUUAGGUUUUAUAUUAAAAGUUCAGACCAGCGUAUCAAAGGGUGCUUCUUAGUGAAAUUUAAUCGUUGCAUUCCAAAGCAGAUUUUCUCUUUAAUUUUUACAUCUCUCUCUCAAAAUAUUAUACUUCAUGAAAAAGACAGUUGAUGUGGAUGACAACAACAAAGUCUUGAAAUUAAGGGCACACUAAUUGUUCUUACCCGGGUUAGGGGAAGAGAGAUGUUAUUUUCAAGGAACAAAAUAUUUUCUUUUACAAUCUUUCAUUCAUGAGAAAAUUGGAAUAUAAAUUUAUUACAUUGUGAAAAGUAUCGUAAACCAUAUACCUUUUUAUCUAAAUGCAGCUUCAAAAAAGUAAAUAAUUGAAGUUUUAUUUCUCCUCUAAAUAACUUGAAUUUUUUUCUUUAAAAAUGUAUGUAUUUUUAUGUCCCCAUUUAGUUAAGCAGUAGUGUAAAUGUUGUUAAAAGCAGUUUCUCAGAAUUAUAGUAAGCAAUGAAAGACAGUAUCUAAUUAGGUUGUUAUCAAAAAUACCAUGUGUAAAUUAGUCCCUAAUAUAGGGUUUGGUGCGUAUCUCUAUUCAUGCUUCUAUUUCACUCUUAUUCAAAACAGUUUUAUAUUAUGUUGAAUGGUGAAAUUAUAACUUAAUUUCAUGGGGACAGGGGUAGUGCUACUGUUCCUGGAAAAAUUAGAUUUGUAUUAUCUUUGUUUCACACCCACCACCUUAAAAAAAAUCAACUAGUUGUUUGUCAUUGAAAACAUUUAAAACUUUGAGUCUUCAAAUACAUUUGAUGUUAAUGCUGUCAUUACUUGCACUUCGAUUCACUAAUAACAUUUCUAGGUAGUUACCAGUUUUGUCAUAGUUCUGGAAAAUAUUUUGGGGUUGUAAAUUGUUUCUCCUCUUUUUCUUCUAGAGUUACAAAUUGAAUUUUUAAAUCCGAGCGCCUUUGUUGUGGUAUGGAGAAAAUUUCACAAUUUUAUGUUUAUUUUACCUUCUCAGCCUUCUCUGGGGGUACUUUGCAAAUACCUGAGUCCAAACAGAAGUACCAACUAAAUGCUCUAUGAACUCUAUCCUUAGUAAAUCUAUUAAACCUGAAUAACUUAAAAGAUCACGUGCAUUUUGUAAUAGCAAAAUUUGAUUUUAAUUUUUUAUUUAGAAUUGGUGUAAUUAUCACAGGGACUUCCAAUUUUUCUUCACUUUUCAAAUGGAUAUUGGCUAUAGUUUUAUGUUUUAAUGGGAAUGAAUUUCAAGUGAUAAUCAGAAAAUUUUUAGUUUUACUUUUUUCUUUUACAGUAUGGAUUUUGUUGUUAUUUGGAUAGUGGUUCGAUAAAUCUUAAGUUCAGAUGAUUAAACACUAUUUUGAAUCUUAACAAGAUACUGAGGCUUUUUUUGUAUGGGAUUAUAUCAGCCUAUGUACAAUGAAUUUAAUAAACUUAAGUAUUAUCAGAUUUUUGCACAUUUUAGCUCAAUAAAAUCUGAAGUAACUGUUCAAGAUUUUUUUUAUCUGUAUUUGGAAAUAUAAUUUUGUAAAAUCAAUGUCUUACCCUUUUGAUUAAAUAGAUCAAGUUUUGUUUUUAAUAAAGCAAGAAGCCCUCUUAUCUGUUUUUUUUCAGGGAAGGGAUUAACAUUUAAUUCUGUUUGUUUACAUUUGUUAUUGUUAUCCAGUGCUCAUUUUGUGUUGCUUUAUAAGAAAGCUUAGGUAUAACAGAAUAAGUAUCUGUUUAUCUAAUCUACAUGUGACUAUUUUAGUCUCUCUCAGUCACUUAAUGUUAUGCUGAAAUUUACCACUGUGGGGAUGAAUGAUCACUAUUCACCAAGCAUAUUUGAACAUGUAAAGGCUUAAGAAAUAAGCAUAUUAGGGAUAUAGUUUGGGUAAAUAGGAUUCUCAUAGUUUUUUUCCCCUAUGAAACAUAAGUAAUGAUUUUAGUGUAUUUCUUAUGGAAUACACUCAUUUAAAAAGGACUUUAAGAAAUUGUGGAUAUGAAUAAUACCUUUCUCUAAUAAAAAUUUAAAUUGUAUAAUAGUUUUGUAAUGAAGUAUUUACAUUAAUUGAUAUUUUAAUAUGGAUGGACAUUGCAUAGAUUCAAGUAAAUUAAAAAUCGAUGAUAAAUGCUAAAUAUUUUAUCUAAAUAGUUUUUCAAGAAACAGUUAUGAAAAUGUGUAUAUUAAAUGGCUCUAAUGUGGAGCUUGUGGUAUUUCAACUCAGUACUCAUUAUUCUUUGUUUCAUGUGUCUGGAAAGAUUGUACUUACUUUUCCUCUUUACACUACAAUUUGCUCUUAUGGGGCUCUAAACUGUUCAACUGAAGAACCUUUGUCUGUAUUUUGAUUGAGCAUAAUUUAGUAUUUUAUGAUUUCCAAGAUGAUGUUCUUAUGUCUGUCAAGUCUGUGUAUCAAAUUUAUAACAUCAUUUAAGAAAAAGGAAUUACCGUAGACCCUUCAGUUGAAACUUUUUGUUUCACGCAACUGAAAAUACAUUUGUUUCUAGGGGUUGGAAUAUUGUAGAAGAUGUAAGAAAGAAAGAAAGAAAACGAUAGAACAACAGAAGAAUUCUGUUUGUGAAAUUACAGGAAUUGUGUCUACUAUGGUAAAGCAUUGUCAUCAUUUUAGUACAUUUUCUCUUACUAGUUUGACAUUUUACACGUUAAAACUUGUUUUGCUUUUAAAAAUGUUUACAAUGCUUACAUUUUUUCUCUGGUGCCUUUAGUCUUGAUUUGAUAUGUUUGUACCCCCAGUUAUCCUUUCUAUUACAUGUUUUUGAUGUUUUCAUAGCCUAGGAAACAUCUAUUCCUUUUGAAUAAUUGUCAAUCUGAUUAUCUAAAGAGGUAACAAUUAUCUGUUACUGCUUUGGAAAAACAAGUAGGGUUGUCUUUGGAGGCCAGGCUUCUUAGUUCAUUCAAAAAUAUUUCUUGGAUUUAUGCCAUGUGUUAAGCAUUUUUAGCCCCCAGUAUUACAACUGUGAACCAAACAGAUAAAAGGCCCUAACCAUUUUCAGCAUUCUCUUUGGAUGGGGUGGGAUUGGGGACUUAAUUAAAAUAGACAUAUAGAAAAAUAGGCAUCUAAAUAUUAAGUAUGGGGUUGAAAUGAAGCAACUAACAAUAGUUGAAGUGAGAAGUAAUAUUUUGCAGUAUUGUAACCUCUAUUUAAGUUUGGGUAGUAGUUACAGAUAGCAUAAAAAAGCCUUAAUUUUUCACUUUCCUUGCUGGCAAAGGUACAUUUAUUUAGACUGUCCAUUUAAAGUAAUGAACAUUGCUCUGAGAAACAUUUCAUUACAUAUUCCCAAGCAAAUGAGCUGUGUCUUUGCUGUAUUUUACAAUUUAGUACAACAGUUUUAGGCCUCAAUCUUAACAUCACUGUUAUUUUAAAUUUGGCAAUGAAUAUGAAAUUACUUUUGACUUACAGACUGAUUAUAUUAUUACUUUGAAAACGCAUUAAUUUCUUGGAAAAGUUUGGAGCCUCUAUCUUUUUUUGAGUUAAUAUUUAAGUUCUCAUUACUUAUAUUAAUAGCCUGUACUAAGAGAAAAUAUUAUUCAUGCAAGUAAACAAGUUACUAUAGGCUUUCAAGACUUUUCUUUAAUUUUAGAUUUUGUCAUCAUUGAGGUUUAAAUUUUUUACCUACUGUCCACUUAAAAUAUAUAUUAACAGUUUGUGAAGUGAAAUAGUUUUAAGUAUGAUGUAUGAUGCACCUGCAUAUAAAUGAAAAUGGCGUGCACAAAGACACUUUACUAUGGGAACUGUACUGGAAGAUUUAUGAAAGCAUGUGAAAUUGCACCUAAAAUUGUGUUAUUAGUGACUAUGAGCAGCAAUGCUAAAUUUAUUGUACUUGAUGAAUGAAUGUAUUUAGUCUAGUCACAGUUGCUUUGGUUUAAAUGUAUAAAUGUCUUUAGGGUUUUUUUUUUUUAAAUGUGUUUGUAAUUUGUACUAUUGUGGGAGUAUACUUGGACUGCAGGGGUUAUUGUCAAUGUGUGAUUUGUGGUUUUAUUUUAUAGAAUCAUCUAAUGUGAUAUACCAAUUUUUAUAAGUGAUAUUUACAUAAUUCUAAUAACUGUAUAUUUGACAACCUAUUAAAAUGUUUUGCAUUGGAA